UGCUCUUCCGAGGAGAAUAUCUGUUGACACAUUACAAUGCUGCAAAUAAGGGACCUCGUCUGGGGAUUGCUGCUCGUUGGCUGUGCAGCCGCCAUCCAGGUGCAAAUUACUCCAACACAAGGAGAGAUCAGUGUGGGAGAGUCCAAGUUUUUCCUCUGCGAAGUGGUUGGAGAUGCUAAAGACAUAGACUGGUACGCCCCCAGCGGGGAGAAGAUCCUCCCCAACAGGCCAGACAUCUUUGUGAACCGUGGUGAUGAAACCAUGUCGACCCUCACCAUAUACCAUGCCACUGUGGACAGUGCCGGUAUCUACAAGUGUGUGGCAAAGAACUUGGACAAGGAAGCCCAGGCCACGGUCCAAGUGAAGAUCUUCCAAAAGAUCACCUUCGAGAGUGCUCCCAGCCCACAGGAGUUCAAUGAAGGCGAUGAUGCUGACAUAAUCUGCGAUGUGGUCAGCUCGCCGCCAUCAGCCAUCAUUUGGAAGCAUAAGGGCUCCAGGAUCCAGGUUGCCAAAGACGUGCGAUUCAGGAUCGUGGAAAAUGGCCACCUGCAGAUCCGCGGCAUCAAGAAGAUCGAUGAGGGCAUGUACAACUGUGAGGCCCGUAUCAUGGCCAGGGGAGAGAUUGACUUCAGGAUGAUCAAGGUCGUUGUUAAUGUGCUCCCCACCAUCCGCACCAGGCUGUCAGAUGUGAACGCUACAGCAGACAUCGGUAGCUCUGCUUUGCUGGCCUGCGACGCAGACGGCUUCCCUGAACCCACCGUCACCUGGGCACAUAACAACGUUGUCCUUGAAACCGGUGAUAAGUACAGCCUGAACGAGGAUGGUUCGGAAUUGGUAAUAAAAGAUGUCAAGAAAGUGGAUGAAGGAGAUUACACUUGCAUCGCCAAGAACAAGGCGGGAGAAAAAACCGAGGAAGUCAGCCUGAACGUGUUCGUGCAACCCAGGAUUACCUACCUGAGUAACCAGACCGCCUCAGAGUUUGACGACCAGGUCGCCCUGACCUGUGAGGCCUCGGGCGACCCCACACCCACCAUCUCCUGGAGUUUCCAAAACAGGGUAUUCACCGAAGGAGAGCAGAGCCUUGAUAGAAAUAUUGUGGUACGCAGCCACGCACGGGUGUCUUCGCUCACCUUGAAAAAUGUCCUGUUCACGUACGCCGGCCAGUACCUCUGCACCGCCAGCAACUCCAUCGGCCAGGACAACCAGCAGAUGUACCUGGAGGUCCGCUAUGCUCCAAAAAUCCUGGGUCCAGUGACAGUGUACACAUGGGAGGGGAACGCGGCCAACAUCAGCUGUGAGGUGGAGGCUCAUCCCGGAGCCGCCGUGUUUUGGUUUAGAGACAGCAGCCGCCUGCCCUCUGCCAACACCACCAACGUGAAGAUCUACUACACACCAACCGUCAGCUAUCUGGAGAUUACCCCUGAUUCUCAGAAUGACUUUGGGAGCUACAACUGCACAGCAACCAAUGUGAUGGGCUCUGAGUCCAAGGAGUUCCUUCUGAUCCAAGCAGAGGUGCCAUCAUCUCCAGAAAUCGAACAAGUGGAACCUUUCUCCAGCACAGCAGUGGUGACGUUUGAAGAGCCCGACUCCAUGGGUGGAGUUCCCAUUAUCAAGUACAGAGUGGAAUGGCGUUUGCCUGGCCAGGAUUGGACUGGCAAAGAGCACGAUGCUAAUGACGACACGACUACAAUCACCAUCGUUGGCCUGAAGCCAGAGACCACCUACGAGGUCAAGAUGUCAGCCAUCAACGGCAAGGGCGAAGGCGAGAGCAGCCAGGCCAGCACUUUCAAGACCGAGCCAGUCCAGUAUUCUUUCACAAUUUCAUCAGAGACACCACCCCCUAUUGCCACCACCAGUGUGGCCCUUAAAGGGGAACCCAGUGCCCCCAAACUGGAAGUCAAGAUCCAAGAAAGGGGUAAUUCUCUUAAGGUCAACUGGAUCAAUCAGGACGAUGGCGGUUCCCCCAUUAAACACUACCUGGUCAGAUACAAGGCUAAGCAUGUAUCCGACUGGAAACCAGAGAUCCGCAUUCCCCAUAACAGUGAGUAUGUGAUGCUGAGCGGCCUGGAAUGGGAUACAGAGUAUGAGGUUCACGUGGUGGCAGAGAAUCAGCAGGGCAAGUCGGAGCCGGGCGUCAUCUCCUUCAGAACAGCUACAGACCCCACCACCAUCCCAGAUGCCAUCAGCAGUGGCUCAGGCCUGGGCACCGGAGCUAUCGUAGGCAUCCUCAUUGUCGUCUUUUUCCUGCUGUUGGUGGGCGUGGACGUCACCUGCUACUUCCUCAACAAGUGUGGACUUCUCAUGUGCAUUGCUGUGAACUUCUGUGGGAAGGCCGGACCGGGUGCUAAGAGCAAGGACAUAGAGGAGGGCCAGGCAGCAUUCACGAAAGAUGAGUCUAAGGAGCCAAUUGUUGAGGUGAGAACGGAGGAAGAACCGACCCCAAACCAAGGAGGGGGUCCCACAGAGCCCAACGAGACCACACCCUUGACAAAACCUGAGCCUGCUGCUGCAGACACCACCUCCACGGUGGUGAACUUGCUCCCCUCCACUGCCACUAACUCAGUUGCUGAGAGCUUUAGCACGGCGCAGAGCAGUCCUGCUAGUGAAAGCACCACGCUAACCACCAGCGCCUCCAGCCCAACCAAAGCCGCCCCUGCCAAGGCCUCCCCCAAAAACCGCUCUGCUGCCCAGUCCAGUCCGCUUAAUGCUAUCACCCAACCUGACGUUGGGCCCCUGGUCGACCUGAGCGACACCCCUAAAGCUCCCCCCUCGUCCAACCCAACACUCCCUGUCUCAGAGCCAGUCAGCCCGCCCUCUGCUAAUGCCGACGGGCCACAGAGCCAGCGUGACCCAGUCAAAGCCCCUGACAGCACCCAGAAUAAGGACUUACAAGUAGACGGCCCGGCCAAGGAUGCGCCCAAUGCCCUGUGCACAGACUCGACCACACCAGCCCACAAUGACGGUAAGACUGUGAAGGAUGAUAGCACCAAAGGCGAGACGGAGGUGAAGAACGCCACAGCCGAGGUGAAGACAGUUCCCAACGAGGCUCCCCAGACGAACGGCAACGAGAGCAAAGCGUAAUCCACUCCCCCGAGAGCGGCAGGAAGAAGGGUUUUUAAGGUUAAAAGGUGGGGUGGGAGGGUGGGGGGGUCACAUUCACUGAAACCUCAAAGCAAUGUCACACACCACCCCAUCGCAUCAGAAAAAUAAAUUAAAAAAAACAACAGAAAAAAAAAUUAAAUAUAAUAAUUCAUGGGUCUCCUUUUACAAUGUCUUCUGACCAGGAAAAUGUAAGGACCUCAUUCACAUGCCUUAGUUCCUUUUAUCUCAGUUUCUAUUAGCUUAUUUGUCACGGGAAAGAAAUCAAAUUCAUACUUGUAGUUCACCAUCUCUCUCAUAUGUUUUAUUAAAUUGAUAAACUGUUCAAUAAGGAAACAAUUUUCCUGUAGAUAACCACAGAUUACUGCCCUUCAUAAUGUACACACAUGCAAGACUGGUACAAUUACCAAUACUACUCUUCUUUAUGCAGUAUGGUCAUCAUCAUGGUAAUGGAUUAUGGGUCUUUCCUCCUUUGUUGAUAUUUUGUUGUGUUUAAACAAUAUGCAGACGAUACUGCCUAUUUAGCUUUUUCAAUGUGUUAUUUCCAGAGAUUAGAACAUUAGCAUGCCUGUUUUUACAAACGUUAGUGUAUUUCUGUACAUGUUGCUGUUAUUUGGUUCCUUUUUAAAUGUUUUUUUUUUCUUUUCUAAAUGUUAUCUCCAUAAGGUUCUGGCCGAGAAAUCCUCUAGCCUAAACUAUGAGAAAGGGAGGCUAUUAAAGUCAAGGUUCAGGGGUUUAACCCUGUCUCCCUAAAAAUUCUGUUCAUACAGUACAUGUAUAUUGGUUAAUGGUUUCGCCUAAUACAUUAUGAAAGAAAUGAUUUUGUUACUUUGCAGAUAUGUUCAUUAAACUUAUUUGCUAUUUUUAUUAAAUGAUAAAAAUUGAAAUUCUGGAUUACUUUAAGUUUCUUUCAUAACGUAUUUGCUCUUGCAAAUUAGCUGUAUAUGAGCGUUAGUUUUAGGAGACAGGGUUGGGUUGGUUUUGGGGUAUGGAAAUACUCACAUAGUGGAUUACAGUUAUGAUCCUUUUCAGGGGCCACAUCCGUCCAAUUUUCCAGACUUAAUAAGUCAUACCAUGUUAACUCAGACGUCUCAUUCCAAAGGAGAAACACUGCCUUAUUUUGCCAGAAUUUGACGGAAACUGUAUUCUAAAAUCUACCAGCUCAUACUGCUUUCAGUCCUCAUCAACUCGUUGAAAAUGAUCAUGUGACCAAAUAUACCAAGUGUGUUCACGUGAGCACUGGUAAAUAUAUUAUAUGAACUGGACCAAUGAAGAAGGAUGCUACAGGAUAUAAAUAAUGCCAACUGUUUCUUCUUGGAAGUAGCCAUGUAAUGAAAGUUGAUUAAGUUAUAAAUAUAAUAUUGCUAUUGUGUCUUGACAUGAAACACCAGAAUGUCUGAAUUUAGUUUGAGGUCAAGUUCCUCUUGGUCAUUUUUGACCUCACGAGUUGAUGAGGACCAAGUGUUAGUUUUGGUCUCUGUAGUGCUCAUCUUGGUCUUGGAGCCCACUAGCCUUCAGCGCCGCCCCUCGUAAACCAAGUUCUUUGAAAGAAACAACCCCUCUGAUUGGACACCGCUUAUAUGUGCAUUGUUAAUAUGGCCAAUUGAUUUUCUUUCCGUCAAUGUUAGUACACACCUUUAUCUACUUCUCUCCCACACGUACACCUCACCCUUUCCAGAGGUCUCCUUUAAACAUUUCGGAUCAGUUCCUUUAACUGACAGGUUCAGGGCUUAACAGUGACUCAAAAGGCCACAUGUGUUUUGUCAAAACCAUUUCAGUCAGCAGGUUUGAACUGAGAAGCAGACAUUUUUGUUGAAAGAAAAAACAAACCCUUGCAGGCUCGUUGGUCAAACUCACUGAAUUCUUGACACGACGGUUUCCACGGCCAGAAAUUGGUCUCGGAUAUUACAUUCAGUUUGUUUUCCUUGGGGUCAACCACCUCUACCUUCUUCUAUGGUCAUAGCCAUUGUUGCCUUCUCUGUUCUGACCACUAUUGUUCACUGCUUAAAACUGAAUUCUGCUCCUCAGAGUGACCAAGCAUCUGUGUCUCUCAGCCGUCGUUUUCUCUCUUUCACCACAGCUGUGGUCAGUGUGAGUUUGCUUCAUCAUCACUGCCUCCACCAUCUUGCAGAUGAGUCUUAAAUCUAUGUGUGCCUCUGCAGUGAUGUGACAUAUAUUGUAGGUUUAGUACAGUUUAUCACCUUAUUCUAGAUUCACUUUUAUCACUCUUGGCACAAGGUCCACUUACUGGAGAUGGUCUGGAAUAUGUCUGGAAAUUAUUUAAUGAGCCACAAUUGACAUAGAUAUUCUGUCUUUAUCCAUAUAUUAAAGGCACUCUAAAAAAAGUUGAGAAAAUGAUACAAAGCCACAAAGUGAAUACAAACUGAUCUAGCGGUGUGUUUGGACAAGGUUUAAAGAACUACACUGACUCACUUGGGUAGUUUACCAGUUUACCCAGUAUCUGAGAGGACUGAUUACAUGAUCGUUAUCUGUGUCUCCUAUAGAUGUAUCUGUUCAUUGUGCAUGUUCCGUACCCACAGACAGCCAGCAUUAAACUAAACAGCAGCUGAGACCUUUUGUGUAUUUAAUUUAUUGUAGGUAAGGGUUUUCAUUUUAAUGCUGAAACAAAAAUGCACACAACACCAGUACAAACACUGCAGGCUAAGCAAGUCAAACAAAAGAAUGAACCUUUUGAUAAACAUUGUAUUCCUUCUGUUUUUGACUUUAGUGACAUUAGUCAGGUUAAGCCGGUUUGCAGCAAAACACUGCCAAAUAAUGCAUCAGAUUAUGUAACCAGCCUUUGAGCUCUUUCUAGCACAUGCUGAUAUGUGCAGAAAAAUACAACUGCCACACACUACAAAUGAAUGAGCACAACAUCCAUUUACUAUGCCAUACCAAAAAAAACUAUUAUGCAUAAAACAGGUACCACUUUCACCAGCAUAUCUGUCCACAAACCUGAUCCAAGCACAAGUUUCUACAAUUUGUACCCUUAGUUUAUGAUGAAUAUCAAUAAUGAAGAUCGAGAUUUUGUAUCAUGAUUUUUGAUCAUGUGCUGUAGUAUUGAGCAUACUACAGCACAUGUUAACAUUUUAGCAUGCACACUGGACAGAAUUACCUAGACACAGGUGACAUUGUUUGGUAAGAUAACCAACUAGUUAAACUACCCAAUGCAGUUUAGCCCUUGCAAAACUUAAAGACCAUGUCUAGGGAUUCCUACAUAUCUAAGGAAAUCUGCUGAAUAUGAACUAUGAAAUUCAGCUAAAAUGGAACAAUAAUACUGAGUCUGUGGCUUUAAAUGAACUAGGUCAGUGGCUAUUCGUGGCGUGGCUGUAAAAACAUGUUGUCCAAAGCACGUGGCCAUUAAGAAUGCAUGCUUGAUCAGAGCGAGAAUGCUUGGCCCCCCAGAAAUGCUGUUUGCAGCAUUGUUGGGAAUCACUCAUAACUCGUUGACUCGAUGAGGUUUGUUGAAACAGUAGAAAAUCCAGCCACUGCGGAUGACAGGAUCUCUUGCUUGUUUAUUCAAGGUUUAUUUAUAUUGAACAUUUCGCUUGUCCAAAUCUCCCCAAAUUCAAAACGCACGUCCCUUAAGUCCCAAGCUAAACAUCCCCCAAGUAUGAAGGAGAGCUGAUGAACGGUUCUCGAGAUAUGCAAAGGAUUCCUUGCUUUAAAGCUAGAUGUACACACUCAAGACAUUACACUUAGGCGUUUAGGGGUCAUUUUUAACAAAACUGAAUGAAGAAGAAACCUGGACUAUUUUAACUAACCUUGAAAUAAAUUGUUGUGUGGUGUCUGAAGGUCCUUUUUAAAAAAGUCUGCUUGGAAGGUCUAUGAAAUUAUUUCAAAAUGUUCUCUCUUAAGCCUGUACCCUGCUUGGGAUGUGGAAGGUAAAGAAUUUAGUCAAUUUUUUUUUUGUACAGUGUUCCUCCUACCUUAGACUGCAAGCUAGUUCACUGUGAAUGUGUGAAUCCAUUAUGUCCUUUGUGAUAGAGUUGAGCAAAAUAGUUUGAUUGUGUAAAGAUGUAGUAGUGUGCAGCAGAAUUUUUCCAACGUCAACAUACAGAGAUCUAACAGCAGCAAAACUGGAAAGACACAGUGCCUUUGAAUAAGAAAGUGGUGGCAUGCAUUCCGUUCCUCUCAGUGUCUGUCCAUUAAAAGUUUCACAUCUCCAUCUUCUGCCGAUUUCCUUUUUUUCAUUUACUACAUUUCACAGAUAUGAGUUGAGCAGUGCUUAAUUCAAAUGAUGUUAUUCUUUCAGAAUGGCUGAGUCAAUGUGUUCCAAUAUAUAUGAUGGGUCUGAUUCUGGUUCAAUACAGACUUCUUAUUUUGGAAUGUUUUGUCAUAAAUUCUAUCGUUAUGAUGGAAACUGUACUCACCAAAUUCAUUGCUGAGACAUAUGGUUAUCUACAUAAAAUUAUAAGAAAAAAAAAUUAAAUGACAUGAAUAAUAUGUUAUUUUCUAUGAUUAUUUUGUCAAUGAUGAUUGCUGGGUAAUAUUUAUGUCGUUCGAGUCUCUAUGUGAUCAUCUGAUGAGAUGAUACGAUAUACGGUGGCUAGUUUAAGUGGAAAGUCUCUCCACUGAAAAGCUGAGCACAUCCGCAAGUUGAGGGAGAAGUCACACCUUUCAAACAUAAAAGCUGCAGUCAGAAAAGACAAGAGAGAAAAGAACAUCAGGUGAAAGUAGCAAAGCUCCCCUAACUAGAUUCCUUUGGCUUUUCUACGCCAGGCCACAGUGUGUGUGCUUCAUAACUAGUACCCAGCUUGCACUGGGGCCCGUUGUAACUACCUUACACCACUGUGCUGAGGUCUGAGAAAAUGGCAAGAUCAAUUGGGCUGAACUCCGAUAGGGCAAAAAACACAAGCAGUAUCAACAGGAUGUAAACAAAACCCCAAAGUUAGCCAAACUUAUUGGGCAAAGAAAACAAAGAUGAAUGGGAAAAUGAUGAUACACAAUGUAUUAGACCCGAUCCAAAACAACGUUGUCUGGUUCGCUCACCUUUAGUCUUAUUUUAAAAAUAACAGCUUGUGGUUCUUCCCCGGUCACCAAUGUGCCCAUAACAGAUAGAAAUGAUGGAUAAAAAAAACAA